AUGGCGGGGAAACAAGGGGUAUCGAGACUCCUAACCCGUCAUAGAGCUUCUCUCGUCCGAGAUUUAGACACGAAUAAGAUUUUACCUCACUUAGUGGCUAAAGAAGUUAUAUCCACAACCGAGGAGCGACAGGUGCUCGAAGUCAGUGACCCUCGAGAGCGUACAGAAGUUCUGCUUGACAUUUUGGGAAAGAGGGGCUUGGGAGCAUUUCACGACUUCUGCUCUUGUUUAGAGAAGGUUUCUCCUCAUCUAUUGACAGGAUUUCUGUUAGACAAUCCAGGCAAUCUUUCCCCUGAUGGAGAGAAAAAGCCGACACAAGCCUUACAACUCAGUCUUGAACUCGCGCUCAAUGAGCGAGAUCUUAUGCUGAGGGAAAACGCCAAGGCUCUCGAGGAACGAGAUCAAGCAAUCAGGCAGCUCGAGCAACUCAGGAGCGAGCGUAACUCAGCGUUAACGAGUCUAGAAAACAUAACAGGAAAACCGUCCAAGAAUACAAACUCAAAGUCAGCUGAACUUAGUCCUGCAACACUCAGAAAAAGUCAGAGACUUCUAGAGAAAUUCAGAGACAUGGAACCUGACACAGACCACGAAGAUGGCUUUGUGAAAAAACCUCAAAAAGUGAAGGGCCUUGACAAUGUUACAUGGGAGACCCAUAAUGUCACAUUAAAAAGAGUGCCAGGAUUUGGAUUCGGAAUAGCGGUCAGUGGGGGGCGAGACAAUCCACAUUUUGCAAACGGAGAUCCGUCGAUAGCUAUAUCCGACGUCCUGACUGCGGGACCUGCAGAGGGCAGACUACUGAUAAACGACCGAGUUAUGAGUGUGAACGGGAUCCCCCUGGACAAUGUAGACCAUAAACAGGCCAUUGCGGUCCUCAAGGACAGCGGCAACAAGGUCAACCUGGUCAUAAGAAGACGUGUGUUGGUCCCUACGUACACAGAAAUGGACAAUAGUCCACUUAAAAUUACACUCUCCCGCAAAAACAGACGAGAUGAUAUUGGAGUGGUUCUGGGCUGCAAAUUUUAUAUCAAAGAAAUUACGGGGAACAGUAUAGCAGCCCAAGAUGGCGGACUUAAAGAAGGAGAUGUUGUCCUCAAGAUUAACAGCACUCCUGUAGAGAAUCUGUCCUUGCUUGAUGCUAAGAAAAUGAUAGAGAAAACCAAGGACAAACUUCAACUGUUCAUCUCAAAAUCUCGUUAUGAGGACCGCGUACCAUCCACAAACAAAGCACAAGAGGAUGAAUAUUCAUUAGGCUAUGGCACUCUACAAGGAACCCUACAGAACAAGCGGUCAGACAUAGACAAUGUCAACAUUUAUCGCCCCUCCCUCAGCAGUCCAGAGGAGGAGGCCUACAAGGGGCACCACAAUUACCAGGAAAUCCCCCCUGGGGCGUACCCUGGCAAUGAGCAUGCUCGGUAUGAUGGGAGAUAUGUUUAUGACCAUGAGGCUCCUCCUCGACCUCCACUUCCAGAUGAGACAGAUGCCCCACCAAGACCCCCAAGUCCUGGUAAGGAGCUGCUGAGACCGGAUGACUUCUACUCCCCCAGAAGUCCCCGUACUCCCCACUCCCCCACAGGGGAGGGCUACAUGAGUGACCACGGCAGAAUAGACCCCCACAUGCAACGAAGGCAUCAUGAUGAGAGAUAUGUUGGAAAGAGAAAGGACAUAGUGCUUGACCCACGGUUUGUGUAUUUCGAGAAGGAGCCAGAAUUUGGUCUGGGAUUGAGGUUGGCAGGAGGGAAUGCCACUGGUAUAUUUAUAGCAUCAGUCCAACCAGGAAGUGGUGCUGAAGCUGUGGGGCUCACUGAGGGGGACCAAAUACUGAAGGCCAAUGAUGUGGAGAUCCCAGGAAUGACCCGAGAGGACGCAGUGACCUUCUUAACGAGUCUGGAGGGGCGGGUCUCCAUGGUGAUUCAGUAUAAGAGAGAGGAAUAUGACAGGAUAAUUUCAAGCCAUGAGGCUGGAGACAGCUUUUAUAUAAGAACACAUUUCGAAUACCAGGCCAAAGAUGUCGGUGAGCUGUCCUUUACCAUAGGGGAUAUUUUCCACAUUAAGGACACAUUAUUUCGCGGGGUUGUGGGAUAUUGGUUAGCCAUGCGGAUAGGCAGGAAUAACCAGGAGACACAGAAAGGAUUCAUCCCCAAUAAAAAUAGUGCUGAGAUGUUGUUUUCAGCCUCCACAAAUACAGAGUCCGAAAAGGAAAACUCCCCCACUAAAAGUCGUAGCCUCAUUUUCAAGAGAAAGGCCGCCAGGCGCAGCAAAUCACUGGGCAAAGAUCACUGGGAAGACGUCAUUUUCUCCAAUUUAACAACAAAGUUCCCAGCAUACGAGAGAGUGACUUUAAGAGACUCUGGAUUUGUUCGACCUGUGGUCAUUUUUGGUGCACUGGCCGAUGUGGCCAGAGAAAAACUCUUAAAAGAAUUUCCUGAUCAAUUUGAGUCACCACAGGCUGACACAAAUAGCCCAGGAGGUAGUGACCAGAGAAAAUCGGGAAUCAUUCGACUUGGUGCAAUCAAAGAGAUUAUCAAUAAGAGAAAACACUGUUUGUUGGACGUAACUCCACACAAUGUGGACAAGCUGAACUACGCCCAGUAUUACCCCAUAGUAAUAUUCCUGAAGGCAGAGAACAAGACCAUCGUCAAAGAAUGCAGAGCAAAGUUUGCCAAGGGUUCCACUAAAAAUCACAAAAAGCUGUUUGAACAAAGCCAGAAACUAGAGAAAUUGUAUCCUCACUUAUUCACUGCCACAAUCAGCCAUAACAGUACAGACAUCUGGUAUCAGCGCAUGAUAGAGAUGAUCCAGUUACAGCAGAGCCAGGCCAUCUGGAUGUCGGAGCACAAGCCGGAAGACAAUGUAAACGAUGACUUCCUGUUCCCAAUGGGCAGCAGAGCUAGCUAUUCUCCGAACCAGGAGAACGAGCCAAGCACCCCCACCAAAGCACCCCGCGAUGACUUUGAUGCCUCCCCCAAGCACAAAAAGAGGCUCAUUCGGUCGUCGUCUGAUCCCAGUAUUAACACCACUGAUCGUGUCCCUGGUAUCCCUCCUUAUCCAGCACCCCCCAGCUACCACCGAUCUCCUUCCUCUCCACAUCAUGGAUUAAUGGAUGACAGGAGAUAUGUGGAUUUUGACCGCCAGUCAGAAGAUCGGUACUACCCUUCCUACUAUGCGUCAGAGAGUCUUCCUCCAGGCCAGUUUCCACAUUCACGCUCCAUCAACCCCUACGCCACAAUCACUCCACAUGAACGUCUACGCAGCAAAAUUCCAGAAGAUGGCCAGUGGUACAAUCCUGCCUAUGAUGAUCGAGGGCCUCAGAGAUUUAAUCCAGAUUAUCAUCGCUCUGAACCAGAUCUGGGUCGUCAUAUCAACCACAAUCGUCCAUCAACAGCAUCACUGCCACCACCACAGCCCCAUCAACCCCACAGUCCAGCCACAGGCCCACCGCCCCAUACACAACAUUCACAGCCAUUCCAAGAAAAUGCCUCCAGCUACAGCAGCGACUCUUACUCUCGUUACACGUCAAAUCCAGUCAACCGUCACGACGAUUCAAAAUUACGAGAGAAAUUCGGCAGCAUGGCAGUAGCGGGGAAAGGGGAGAGGUCUAAUUCUCACAAUCCGUACAGAUUUACGCGGAGUACGGCAAAUCCUGUCAACACCGCUAACGUAGACAAAUCUAAACUGUCCGACCUCUCUGCUCGAUACAGAAAAGACGAGCAGCUUCCCUCACGAAAACAGUCACUUCCAUCUCCUACCAUUUCACCCUCCGUCAAUCAGCCCCAAGUAUCAUCUGCACCUUCCCAUCAUGCCCCAUUACAGGACGGGGCGCCACCUAGGGUGAAAAAAGAACCACCGCCUGUCCCUGUCAAGACAUAUCACCUGAGAGAUCGGGGGAUUGAGCCAGAUGAUCUCAAAAUUCGAAAUUAUGAAAAUUCCAACAGAGCUUACAAUUAUGCUGAUCCAAGCAGCUAUCCUGCACAAGACCAGAAACACCAGUAUAAUGAUCAAAAUGAAAAUCCAUAUGAUUAUGUUGCCCCCAGGCAACAUAUGAACAGAUCUCGAACAUCGCCCAAUCAAAAUGCUGUGUAUGCUAGACCCUAUGUGAUGUCAGAAAAGCAUUCGAGGGAAGGGUCGUACGAUCGAGGAAGGUCGUUCAUGAACCAGAUCUACAUGGACACUGAGCAACUGCAGAAGUUAAGAGCAAGGCAGGAGAAUGGUCCUCCAAGCAACCAUGGCAACAGAGAUCUAGCAGCAGCAAGGGAUUCUGGGUAUCCAAGUCCGGAUCGUCCCAGAGACCAAAAUAAAGUUAUGAGCCACGACGUCAGUGACCGAGAACGCAGCAGUCACGAAGACAGCGAUGACCACGGCAGCGCCUUCGAGGCCUACAGAAAACCCAUCAUGUCAACCUUCGGAAAAGUGUCCCCGGGGAAAGGUUUCGAACCCAGCAAACAUAUAAGUGUCACACUUUCUUCUGAUACUAACAACACUACGGCACCGCUAGACUCUACCUCGGCAAAGUCGACCGAGGAGGGUGCACAAAGGUCAGAGGAAACUGACCCCGCGACCAGCGAUAAUGCGGCGAAUGGUGAAAGGUCAAAUGCAGAGCAAGUCUCUGCUUCCAAUACCUUUCUUGUUCGACCUGACACUGGACAGCUGAUAGAGGGAAACCACACGGUGGUGGCCACCGCUAGAGGUGUGUUUGACCAUCAGGGAGGAGUGCUGGAAUCCCCAGAAACAGGUGUUAGCAUAGUCAUUCCAAAAGCUGCAAUUCCAGAGGGUGUAACGCAGGAAAUUUACUUCAAAGUUUGCAAGGAUAACAAUAUUCUCCCUCCUUUGGACAAAGAUAAGGGAGAAACUCUUCUUAGUCCUCUAGUCAUGUGUGGGCCACACGGCCUUAAGUUCCUUCAGCCAGUGGAACUACGCCUUCCUCAUUGUGCCUCUGUUAACCCUGACAGCUGGUCAUUUGCCCUUAAAUCCAGCGAUUCUCCAACAGGUCAUCCCACACAAUGGCAGAACAUGACACUGGCUGGGAUGGAUGGAGUGGCGCAGGGCCGUGUAGGAAGGAAUAGCGUGUCCGUACUUGUGGACCACUUCUGAGGAACCUUAUCCUCCUUGUAUCAAAACCUGAAAAACCACUCACUCAAUUUGACUUCAGGAUAGUUCAUAGUGGGAAGGCUAUGAAAAAAAGCACAUGGCUAUUUUCUGGGAUUCUUCAUUCAGAUGGACUUCUCUGAUUAUAGUGCUUUUUGCUCUGGGUUGUGACAUUUGGAGGUUGUGAUCAACAUUUAAAUGAAAAACUUUUCAGUUGAAUUCAUGCUGGGAUUAUUGUGGACCAUAAAAAAAACAUUGAACAAAAGUUUGACAUUGCACAAUGAAAAAAAAAUUCAAAUGAAAUGCAAGUCAUGCAAGAAAAAAACUCCAAAAGAAAAUGAAACACAGCAAUGCUUUUUUUGGUUCAGAAUGCAGUGUUAGUUAUUGCUUAGUACAUGUGCUGUAUAUUCCUAUAUUCAAUUUUAUUUUGAAAACAAAAGCAUUUCAGAACUGAAAGUUGUAAUGCAUGAUUUUUUUUUAAAUUCCUGUUGCCAUUACAUGUGUAAGUAAAGCUUGAGGUCAGAAUUGAAACACAAAGAACUCUUUAUUAUACAAAGAAAAAUAUUUGUCAAAAAUGGCUAUGAAAGGUCCUGCUACAUAUAGAAGGUUGUUUUUCUGAAAGUUUUGUUUAUGCUUGAAAGGUUAGUUAUAAAUAUUGUGAUAUUCUUGAAUUUGUUUAUUUUUUAUAAAAGAGUUACAUGUACAUUAUUUUUAAGAUUCAUGUUUAAGGAAUAGUUUAAGCAAACUAAAUAUUGAACAGUUUCUUAUUGUUUAUGUUUUCCAGUAUUUUGUUUUUUAAAAAAAGUACCAAUUGAAACAUGAAAACAAGUUAUUACCUGGAUUUGUGAAUUUAUAAUGAUUGUGCUCCUAUUUUUUGUGAAAUAUUCAGUAUUGGUGUAUAUAUUUUAUGCCACGUAAAGAGUGUGUAUUCAGUGACAAAAGAUCGUAUUCAACAAACGCACAUGUAUAAUUGCAUACACAAUCAUAUAUUAGUUUCCACACUAAAUGAUAUUUUGCUUCAAAUUUUGCAAUAUUAACCUGGAAUUUUUUUUAAAAAAAAUUUGCAAUAUUUCAUGGAGAUUAUAGCGUUUCCAACACUGUUCAUUAAAACAAUGCAAAUUUAAAAUACAUGCAGAGGCACGUUUUAAUAAUUUUUCAUCAAGAAAAGAGAGAUGGAUUUUUACGAAAAUUUCAAUACCUGAUGCAAUCAAACUAGAAUGCACAUUUUAAAAAUUCAUAUACUGUAACAGUAUAUAUACACGUGUAUAAACAAAAAUGGCAAGGAAAGAAUUUUCUAAUUUAUACCCGAUUUCGAAGAAAAUUCCAUUAUAUAAUAUUUGCUUGCCAUAUCGUUACAAUUUGACAUCACAUCUUAAAAAUCUAAAUUAAAAAAAGUACGUGUUCAUGCCUUUUUGUAAUUUAAGGAUUUCUUUUUGUCCAUUUGUGAGCAGAAUUGAAGAACAUUUUGAACAUAGGUAAAAAAUUUCCCUCAAACUGUCAGUUUUGUAUUUAAACAUCAUUUAUUCCUUUUCUUUUUAGGGCUGUUUUUUUUUUCUUCCAUGAUGCGUGAUCUUUGUUUGAAAGACUUAAUGUUCAAAAUGGUGCAUUAUUCUUGAAAAAAGUAUAUAUCUUUAGCAAUUUAGUACCAUGCACAAAGACCCUAUUGAAAUCAAAUACAGAAUGCCAGUAAUAAAUGGUUGUGAAAAUAUCUACUAGAUUUAAGUGAUUUUACUGUGAUAUUUUAACUACAAUAAGCCGGCCAUCAAGUGUUUUUGUAAUGCCUCUAUACAAGCCAUGUGUUGUGAGAAUUUAUGGUACAUCAAGUCCGAAUGAUAUUCUGUUUACUUCAUUGAAAACAUUUGUGGAGUUUUGAACCUCAUUAUUCAUAAAAGUUUAUUUGGGUAGAAAAUAAUCAUAUAUUAUUAAUGUGUAGCAACAUCAUAUCUUUGACCAUUUUGAGAAAUCAAAGCACAAUGUAUAUGAAAAUUAAUUCAUUUCCAUUUACUAAGGAAAAUGCAUUUUAAGUUUUAAGUCCAUCACACAAAAACAAAGAAUACUCAAAAUGACAUGCAUCUUUUAAUCAUUUUCUUUUUGGAACUAUGGUGUUUAUGCAAAAUUUUAUGGAAUUAGAGUGAAAAAAUAUAUUCUUGAUGACAACAAGAGUAGCAUUUUUGGCAUAGGGUGGAUUAGCAACAACCUACUUUUGACUUAAUUAUUAACAGAUUUUAUGUCAUAUUUUAUUUUUAAAAAUUCUGAAAGUGGGGAGGAGAAUGCCCCCCCCCCCCCCCUUCUACCACCUGUAUUAUUAUUCAGUUUUAUUGUUUGUGAAAUGUUGACUUUGAUGUAUUAACUUUAUUUUAAUAAAAACUGUUCUUUUGAUUAGGUUUACAUAUAAUUUUCCCAUAUAACAAUGUCCACUUGUAUAUUAAAUAAGUUAAUGCACAUUUUAUUACCGAGAUGUGCUUUAUAAAUGAUGUUAAUGUACUGUAUGUUGCAGAAUUAGAAGAGAUUUUAUUUGUCAGAAAUGUUGUUCCAUAGUUUAUAUAUAGUUGUGCUACAGGUAGAACCCAUUUAGUUGUAUCAUCCAAACAUUAAAAAAAUCAUACCCUAUUUCAUGCACAGAUAUUUUUCUCAUCAUUUUUUGUUCAAUUUGUGUUGAGAUUUUACAUUCAUUGUUUAAGACACAUGCAUAGAACAAAUACAGCAUUUUAUUAACUUUGAAUUUAACCUUGUAUGACAUUUUCAUCAUUGACUUCAUGUAUAUCAUGCACUAUUGGUCUUCCAUAGAAACCAAGAUGCUUCGUUGAGAGAAAAUAUUUAAAAAAAUUAUUACAUUUCA